GUUAUUCCAUCAGACCAUUCCUCAAGCAAACCUGCAAGAUGAAACUUCUCUAUUUGUGCGUAUUUGCAGCUGUUGCAACAACUGCCUACUGUGAUCUGAAAGAUGUGGAUCGUAUUUUGGCAAAAAUCGAUUUUGAGGCAGUGCGAAGUAGUGGACGUCUUCUACAGAAUAUGUUCAACUGUUUCAUCGAUGGCGUGAAGUGUACUCCAGAUGCUUUCGAGUUGAAAAAAUUCUUCCCUGAAAUGUUAUCAACGUGUUGUGCGGAAUGCACAGAGAAUUUGUUGGCCGAAACCAAACGAAUGGCAGAUUUUCUUUACGAGAAUAAGCCUGAAUAUGGUAGGAAGACCUUAGAGAAAUACGACCCAGAAGGAAAGUAUAUUGCAAAAUGUGGCGAAAUCUUGAAAUCUAAAGGAAUAGAUCUAACCAGAUUCUGAACGUUGAGUAGUCAACUGCUGUCUAUGAAGUUUCCAAAUGAAUCCUCAGUUAUUUGAUAAGUGAUGUAAAAUUCGUUAUUUUCUGAAUACAUUG